GAUGAAAAUAAUACAGAGAAUGCUGUCAGUUCUUCAGAAGCAGAGAAACAAGAUUCUCCUCCACCAAAGCCUCCACGGACCCGCAGUUGCCUUGUAGAAGGAGAUGCUAAGGAAGAAAUCUUGCAGCCUCCGGAGCCUCAGCCAGUACCACCAAUCUUAACCCCAUCUCCCCCCUCAGCUUAUCCAACAGUCACUACCGUGUGGCAGGACAAUGACAGAUACCAUCCAAAGCCAGUUUUGCACAUGGUUUCAUCGGAGCAUUCAACAGACCUCAAUGAGAAUUACAAUAAAUCAACAGAACAUUCAGGGAAGAAUGAACCCAGUGAACGCGCAGAGAAAAGGCUGGAGCGCAACUUAAGUUUUGAGAUCAAGAAGGUACCCCUUCAGGAGGGACCUCGCAGCUUUGAUGGGAACUCCCUGUUGAACAGGGGACAUGCAAUUAAAAUUAAGCCUGUGUCAUCCUGUGCAACUGAUAAGAGCUUUAAGCCACAGGAACAGCUUUCAGGGGAUUCAUUUGUAGAUGCUUCUCAAAACUCAUGUGUGGAAUGCAGCGCGCCACAGUCUAACACAGCCUUAAUACCCUCACCAGAAAGUCUCCAGAGUCCGCAGGUUUCUGAUGCUCCACCAAGACCAGACCGUCUGCCUCUGACAGAAAAGGGACAUGCCACGUGGUCACUGCACGGGCCUGAAAAUGCACUGCGUACGUCGGCGUCUGAAGACAUAUCUUCAGACAUCUUGUGUCAUGGCGUUAAAACUCUCUCUCUGGUAUCAAACCCCAUGGUUGAACGUACUUCCAGUGAUAAUGCUGAUCAUACAGCUAUUCCUCUGCGAGCACCCCUCUGUUUUACUAAUCCUCUUCAUUCAGAUGAUUCUGACACAGACGAGAUGAGCUUUGAUGGAGCCAUGAGCAGAAGCGCAUCUAAUGUUUCAACCGCAAGUGCCACAGUUUCUGCUGCCACUAAUACUGAAAACGUUUCUGCCAGGAAAGUGUUGCCAAUGUCUAUUGCUAGGCAAGACUUAACAGCCGUAACACGUUCUGAAGAUAGCAAAGAUGCUGAUACUAGUGAAGAUUCCUCUCCCCCGCUCCCAGAACGAACACCAGAAUCGUUUGUAUUAGCAAGUGAACAGAGCACACCCUCGCCCAAGCCGGUGCCGAUUGCUCAGUCUGAGUGGAGCAUAUUGUGUGAUCAGCAUCUCCCUGAGCAGACAGCCUCUGCAGGUUUGAAAACAACUUCACCUGUACUACCUGAUCGUCCUGAAAGGAGCAGCAAGACACCAACUGACGUUUUACCUCAGAUUUCUUUUCCUGGUUCCACUGAUAGAAGAGGUCAAAUUUCAGAAUUUCCCACAGAAGUAACAGAUCUUGGUUUUGGUAACCGCUGUGGAAAGCCCAGAGGACCGAGAGAGCCACCUUCAGAAUGGACAUGAUCCGAGAACCAAUGGACAUACUAUCAAUAAAUUAUACUGGAAAACUCAAGUGCCACUGAGAACUAGAGAAAUAGUAUUCCACUUUUUUGGGGGCGACUAACACAGAGCAGUGUAGAUCUAACUACCAAAUGGUACACUCUUACAGUACAUCCCACGCAAAACCUUAAACGUUGUUCACAACAGUGGAUUCCAGUAUUACAACUUAACUUUUUGCUGGGGCCAUCUACCUGCCUUAUUACACUUAGGAGAAAGUAUUACAUAUGAUUUAUUUUGUAACUUCAAGUAUUAUUGCCUUAAUGUCUUUUAACCCUGUUACACGCUGCUUGUAGACAUAUGUUAAUAUAGUAAUACUUUUGACAGAUUGUGUUUAUGGACUACUUUUUGCUAACGUUUGAUUACCAUGUAUGCAUUAUUUUGUAUAUGUACAGGGCAAGUAAGUAUAUAAUUUGAUAAAGUUGCAAUCAUAAAAUAUUAACAGAAGAUGUAAGAAAUCUCUGCAUGAUCUAAAUUUUUGUGUACCUUAUUUGUAAAUUAUUUGCCCUGAAGUUUUAGAAAAUAGUUUCUGGGGUUUUUUACAAAACUUGCUGGACACACACAGCCAGAAUUGCAGGUUAGCAGAGAUAAAGAUUGUAAUACAUUUUGUAAAUUGUAAGCAAAAGGUUAUUUUUAUAUUAUAUACUGUUUAAUUGUCAGACCUAAUUUGUUCUGGUUUUCAUCUAGUCAUGGAGAUUCAGUAAGUGCCUUGGAACAGUAUUGAAUUCUCUUAGCCGUGUACGUUACUUCAGUGUUUUGAGAUCAUCUGAAAUUAGAUUAUCAAAAAUAUUUGUACGUUUCUAGUCUAUUUGACCUGCCAGUAAAAGAGAAACCAUUCUACAUAAUCAACACUCCUUAGUUUUCAUUUUAGUGGUUCAUCAGUUGCAAUCUUUAGAAAAUUCAGCUCUAUCAACUUUCUGUAUAAUAGGAUUUUACCGUUUUAAUAUGGCGCGUUUCUAAUUUGGGAAAACCAGAACACACUGGUAAAAGGACUGUUUAAAUACCACUGUCUUCUCUUACAAA